AAUAUUUCAAAGUGAGCCAUCGCCCUGCUAACGGUGUCAUGGCGGAUUGACUUGUUGAAAGGUUUUUUGCAAAAUCUUGCAUGUUAACGUGCUUUUAUUUUAUUUAAUCUUUAAUUUCAGUGCACAUAAUAACCAAUACAUAAUAGUAAAUAAUGCGUGAAUACAAAAUAGUUGUUUUGGGCAGUGGAGGUGUGGGAAAAUCCGCUCUCACAGUACAAUUUGUACAAGGCAUCUUUGUGGAGAAAUACGACCCCACUAUCGAAGACAGCUAUCGAAAACAAGUAGAAGUAGACGGACAACAAUGUAUGCUAGAAAUCCUUGACACUGCAGGCACUGAACAGUUUACGGCAAUGAGAGACUUAUACAUGAAGAAUGGUCAAGGAUUUGUUUUAGUUUACUCAAUCACCGCACAAUCAACGUUUAACGAUCUUCAGGAUCUGAGAGAACAAAUUUUACGGGUGAAAGAUAAGGACGAUGUGCCCAUGGUAUUAGUUGGCAACAAGUGCGAUUUGGAGGCGGAACGCGUGGUCGGGAAACAACAAGGAGCAAACCUUGCCAACCAUUUCAAUUGCGUUUUUAUGGAGACCUCCGCGAAGGCAAAAAUCAGUGUGAAUGAAGUGUUCUACGAUCUAGUGCGGCAAAUCAACAAAAAGUCACCCAAAGAGGAAAACAAAAAGAGACCCCGAAGGACCGUAUGUCGGCUCCUGUAAGAGCGGUUUCGCUGUCGACCCGUCUAGGUAUUCAAUAUUUAAUAAUUUGAAAGACUUCUCGUACCCGGAUUUGGCUCUGAAUGAUUCCAAAAGUUACUAGAAUGGGUGAGGAAUAAUUGUUAUGUGUAACCCUGAGCAUUUCUAGAAUGUGCAUUUGUUAAGCUGGCUUGUGACCCAACAGGUGUUUGGAGAGUGGAAGAUGCACAGAUAUCACGUUAUUUACAUUUGUCAACCUCUCAAGUAAGUCUUACAGAGCUUAGUGUAUUAUCUUAAUAAUUCUGUGUAUGUCCCACUCCUUAGUAAUUCUCUAUGUAUUACAAUAUGUAAGAAUAUUAAAGUUCAGAAGUUUAUUGUUUCAAGUCCAUUUCUUGUUGUACAAUUUAGGCAUAAAUCAACAAAAUUUAUAUUGGUUUAUCUAUGUAGUGGGUAUAAUGUGUGUAAUUUUCCUCUAAUUGCAAUAUUAAGUUCAGACAUUGAGAUUGUUAAGGAAAGUUUUAUAAUUAAUUAUAUGUAAAUUUAACUGGAUCUUUACCUGUAGUAAAAUAUAAAAAUUCCACGCAAACUAUCUACAUUUGUGAGUUGUGAUAUUGGCAAUAAGAUAUUUGAUGUAAUUAAAACUAGGGAUUAGAGAGUCAUGAAAAUCUAAUUAUUGAUAUUUAAUCAAUUAUUUUCAAUAUGGAGGAUGUAACAAAUUUAAUCUCAAAUCACUUUAUCUAAUUGGUGUAAAAGAUAGGAAUCUUAGGAUUAUCACUAAUAAUUUGAAAGAUAAUAAUAAUUAUUCCUAUAAUCAUUGGUUAUGUUCUAUGAUCAAACAUUUUAUUUAGUUUCUGAUGGUCUCGGUAAGAGGAUGUGGAAAACAUUUUUGGGUACAUAAUAUAAUAAACAUAUAUGUUUAUAAGAUUUUUUCUUUUUUUAUGGUAAUAUGUAAAUUAUGUUUGAUGAAUAUGUGAGCAACUUGUGUUGAGAACUCGGAAAAACUAAAUCUAAUUUGAAUCUUUUUUAGGUAAAUGUGCCACAUGGUCCUUGGCCACAUGUUUAAAUAAAUAUAUUAUUAUUAAGUAUGAAAAUAUUAUAAUAACUGCAAUGUCUGAACUUAUGACAUGUAAAUAAAUUAAUUAAUAGCAUUUGAAGCUUCUGAACUAGGGGGAUGUGAGAUAAGAGCAAAUUGGAAUGCCUAACAUUCUGUUGUCAGGCCUGAUUAUGUAAAAUGUUUAUUGAUAAGAAAACAUUGAAUUAUUCAGAUAUAUUAUUGUCUUGUUAUAUAUACUACAUUGUAUUAAUGGGAAUGUUGAAUGCAACAGUUUGGUCUCGAUACCCUUAACUUGUAUAACUGGACCUUACGAGACUGCACCCCACCAAGUAGGGAGUCCAAUGUCUAGUAGACUCUAGAAUGUCCAUAGGCACAUUGCAGAUUCUAUUCCUUUAUAUACAAUUUAAAAGUCUAAAAAAUUAUCGUUAUUAGUAAUGUGAUAGAUCUAUGAUUGCUGGCUCAUCUGUGUAAAUUACUGGUGUAUGUGUUGCUAUUACUAAAAACUUUGUUAAAGUAAUAAUUAUAAAUAGGUGUUCAAAUAUUGUUAUGGGAGUAGAUGUUUCCUCCAUUCUAAUUUCUGUUAAGAUUGCACAAGGAUAUUGGUGAAAAUGACUUGAUCCGAGUUCGACUAUAUUUUUAUAUAUAUUGUGCAAAACUAAGUACUUGUAUAUUUUUAUCUUUUCAAUCAAUAAUCGACAUGUACAAUUAAUUUCUUUUCAUUUACAAAUUAUUCAAUAAAACCAAUUUUAAAAUUCA